AAAUCAAUUAUUAACAAAACUGGUCCGUUGUUAAGGGUAACCAUAGUUUGUCUUCCGUUUUGUGUUAAGAUGGCGGAAUAGCAAUACCGACAACUGACACUACUGGAGUAAUCUUUUGGACAAAGUUCAGUCUGAUAACUGCAACGUUUGAGUCGUUGAGUGAGCUCAAGGACAACAAAGAAGAUGGCGGACGCGGGAGCCGAACCAGCAGCCCCUGAGGCUGAGGCUCAGCAGGAGGUGAAGGAGGCCACUCAGAAAGAGGAGAAGGAAGAGGACACUGCUCAAGUAGCGGCUGAGCCAGAUGCUGAAGCAAAACCAGAAGCGGAGAAGCCGGCUGAAAAGAAAGCUGAGAAGAAACCACCUCCAAAAGGAGGGAAAAAGGGGGGCAAAGGGAAGCCAGCGGAGGCAGCCCCGGUGGAACCUUCGAGCAGUGAAGAGGCACCUCCUGAAGAAGAUCCAAACGCCCUGCCUGAGAAUGUCUUCCCGUUGUUUAUGACUUCAAGUUCACAAGAAAUUUACCACUGUAAAUGUGACGAAGAUGUGACGGAGGAGAACCCUUUCAAGUUUAUCCCAAAGUCAGACAUUUUGGAAGAUAUGAAAUUGAGGGCAGCUGUCUGUGAUUUUCACCCUUUCAAGCAGCAGAUUCUCGAUUACCCCGGAGAAGAUGUUCUCAUCAUGUACGACGCAGACUUCAAACACGGACAGAAUUUCAUCAUUGCUUUGACGGAGGAGGCAAAGGAAGCUCUCCUGAAGACAUCAGAGGAGGAAGGUGAAGGGGAGGAGGGCCAGGAGGGAGAGGAAGAAGAAGACACAACGGUGUACUUGUACGUGCCGCCAGAACCCAAGGACUGGGUGUCUCAAGGCAGCGAGAAGGAGAUCAGUGAGCAGACUGUGACGGAGACGAGGAGAAAGGCCAAAGUGUCGGUGAAGCGAGUGCGCCAAGAGUUUGGAGCACCGAUACAGUUUGGCAACCGGAAUGUUGCAGACGUGAAAGAUGGGGCCAUGGACUGUCCAUCUUUUGAUGAUAAAAACUUUGACCUCAAUCGUAUUGAGUUGGACAAGGGUGUUCAGGCCAUACUGGACCAAGUUGACCAAGGGACCCAGACGACGUGGAAGUACCCGAGAAACGCCAACACCCAGACGUACCCUCGGGAGUUCUCUGAGCACGAGCAGGAACAGUUCGUCAACUCGGCCGAGUGCAAGAAGUUUGUGCUCGACGCGGCCCAGGAUUUCCACCAAGCUCUUCAGCAGAAUGAGAUCAUGAACGUCUUCCACAUAGACUGGAUUCAUCUGGGCGACGGAGAUGACCUCUUUGGCAGCAAGGCAGAUAACCACUUGAAGGAGUACCAGUCCUUCACGGACCUGCAGUUCAGCAAGGACAAGAUCAUCACGUGCAUCCAGUGGCACCCGACCAUCAAGGGCGUUGUCGCAACGUCCGUGGCGGAGAAACUGUCGUUUGACGAGCGCAUCGACCAGGCGGCCAAGGUCAUCAUGACUCCGUCCCUCAUCCUGAUCUGGAGUUUUGCCGAUCCCAUUCACCCGCAGCUAAUCCUAGAGGCCCCUGAUGACAUCAUGAGCUUCGCCUACAACCACUCGGACCCCAACAUCAUCGCUGGCGGCUGCUACAAUGGCCAGAUCGUGCUGUGGGACAUCUCAGCACACGCAGACAGACUCAAGCAGCAGAGGGGAAGUAACCGCAACAAGAAGAGAACCGUUUUGCCGGGCUUUGAGGACCCCAACGCGCUGAAGACGCCAAUCGUCCGCUACUGCGCUGUGUCCAGCAUAGAGAACAGCCACAAGGCCCCGGUCACAGACAUACAGUGGGUGCCUGAACACAUGCAGGUCAGCAAGAUGGGCGUUCCCCAAGAAAACUCCACCCAGCAGUGCUCGCAGCUCAUGAGCUGUGCCACAGACAAUUGCGUGCUAUUUUGGGACACGAAACCUCCCAAGAUCCACCAGUUACACGACGACAAGGGCCCAAAGCAGCCAAUGGGAGUGCCCGACACGUUCAAAUACCUGGACCUGUCCUGGAAGCCUCACCUCAGGGUACAUUUGUCGAAAUCAGAACCAGGUGGUGACCACGCCCCCACAAAGUUCUCCAUACAGGAACGACAGGGCGACAAGUCAGCACUUGCCAGUGGCACGGACUACAAAGAGAACGACCCGACGGCCACCAUGCAGGGCGGCUUCCACAAGCCCAGCUCAGGCAAGGAGAGGACUCUGAACAGCGUCAAGACGUACAUCUAUGUGGGCACCGAGGAUGGAGAGGUCGUGUACGUCGACUGGAUGCCUCAGAAGGACCAGGAUUCCGGAAAGAUCCAGACCCCCAAACCCGCCUACUACCACUCCCUGCACGAUGGCCCGAUCGUCUCCAUGAACCGCUCACCGUUCUUCAAGGACAUUCUCCUCAGCGUGGGCGGCUGGACGCUAGCCAUCUGGAAGGAAGGAGUCAGCAGUGGCCCGAUCCUCUACUCCGCGGCAAGCCCUGUCAGAAUGUCGUGUGGUAUCUGGUCACCGACGCGGCCCGGCGUGUUCUUCAUUGCCAAAGUGGACGGCUGCAUCGACGUGUGGGACCUCCUGGACCGCACCCACGAGCCCACGCUGACACAGAGCGUGUCGCCCACCUCCAUCACACAGAUCUACCCCUUCCAAGUGACGCAGAAACAGCAGCUGAUUGCCGUGGGAGACAAUGCAGGCACGCUGCACAUCCUGGAGAUUCCCUGGAGCUUGAGGCAGCCCACGCCCACUGAGACAAACGGCGUUGCCAACUACAUUGAGAGGGAGGUGAAGAGGCGAGGGUUCGUCGUGGAGAGGUGGAACUUCAGGGAGAGAGAGAAGAGAGAGCUGGAAGCUGAGGCCAAGAAAAAAGCCGGAGGGAUGGCAGCAGCAAUGGCUGCCCCGACAGAAGAGGAACUGGAAAUCCGAGCCAAACAAGAGUACCAAACGUAUCUGGAUGCCGCGUAUCUGGAUGCCGAGCACAACUUCCUGCGAGAACUGGGCAUUAUACAGGAUGACGAUGUGACAGCAUAGUGUCAUGUCCGUCGAGUUCAUCAGCUUUUACAGUGCAUGCACCACUUCUAGAAUGUACAUUGUUAUAGCGAGAUCCUCCACGUUGUUCAACUCUUCCAGUAUUGAAAGACGUGCUCUCAAGCAGUAGACUUUGUAUAUUGGCGCUCAUAUGACCUUGUGCAGUUGCGAGUGCCGUAAAAUCCUCUACUAUAAAAAAUUUUAAAAGACUGUAUUGUACAUUGUUCAUUGACCAUGUGUCUUUUAUAUUUGACUCGAUAUGCUGUGAUAAAGAGAUAUGACUAUUACAUUUGUAAAUAAAAAAUAAUUUGAUAAUGUUUCUUAAA